GUGUAGUAACGUAUCUUUCUAUCCUCUGUUUUUUGGUUGUUAUAGACCUAUAUAUAUGUUUAAAGAAAAAACUCAUAUUCCGCGCUGACACUUACACUAUUGUAGACAAAGGCUUGAGUGAUGAACGUAUGUAACCUCACCAAAGCAGGAUGACCAUGCGGCCCCUACUGCAUCUAUCAAGCUCUGUUGGGUUUGGUAUUGUGCGUCAGGUCCAUGAGCUUGCCUCCCUGCGCCGUGCCUGUCUUCUACCAGCGAAACAGCGACUGCAACUCUUGUAUCCUUACAGUCAACUGGAGGUGCACCUGUCACGACAAGUGGACAAGGUCAGAUUUAAACUUUUUCAGCCAAAUGUGGAAGAUCUUGGGCAGGCAGAGAAGCUUUUUACUCCAUCUUCCAAACACCAGAUAAUUUACUCCACAUCUGCUGUACGCAUAGAUCACGUACCUGAGCUUUUACAGCCAGAGGUGUGUUUUAUUGGAAGAAGCAACGUUGGCAAAUCUUCUCUCAUUCAGGCAUUAUUUUCUCUUGCUCCAGAUGUAGAAGUGCGAGUCUCCAAAACACCGGGGCACACGAAAAAGCUGAAUUUCUUCACAGUAGGAAAAGCCUUUACUCUUGUAGACAUGCCUGGCUACGGAUAUAGAGCCCCAGAGGACUUUGUAGACAUGGUGGAGCCCUACCUUAAAGAGCGAAAAAAUCUUGUGAGAACGUUCUUGUUGGUAGAUGGUGGUCCGGGACUGCAAAAGUUUGAUUUAGUUGCAGUGGAAAUGUGUGAAGAGUUUGGCAUUCCCUAUGUGCUGGUGGUGACUAAAAUAGACAAGACCCCAAAAGGUGCUCUGCUGAUGUUUCUGCUGCAACUGCAUGACUUCAUUAACAAUAAUACAAGCACAUGCUUUCCCCAGCCCUUCCUCAUCAGUUCUGUGCACUAUUCAGGCAUCCAUCUCCUCAGGUGCUUCAUAGCACAUGUGACAGGAAAUCUUCAGCUGAGCUCCAAACCCAACAAAGAACCAAACAUUGAAAGACUGAUUUAAAUUAAAAGACCAUGCUGAUCAGA